UGCUAAGACGAUGUGAUGUUUGAAGUCCAGGAGGGGGCUAUCGUCCUGGGUAUUCUUUACACAAGCAUCACACUCUGUGCCAGGCUCUGGUUCUAUAAAAGCAGCUGUUGGUUCACAGACAGACAGAUGUGCUCUUGGUUGCUUCCUUUUUUGCCAUCUCUAACAUUAUUUUGUCACCGUUGUUGGAUCAGGAAAAUGUUUGCAACCGUCGCGCUUCUGGUCUUCAUGUGUCUGACCACCACCACCCAUGCAGACCAUCAUCAUGAGCCUUGCCAUACACACAACAUGACUGGAUUUAUGAGUGUGAUGAACCUGAAAGGUGAAACAAAAGCAUUUGGGUCAUUCACUUAUGACUCAGUGGGCAGGAAACUGAGGUUCAGCUCCAACGAGAGUCACCCGGCAGACACAUCACUUGAUUUGGACCUGCUGAUGCUUUUCGAUGAGGGGAUUUUCUAUGAGAUUGACAUCAAAAACCAUAGCUGUGAGAAGAAAAAGCUUCAAAUGCCCUUGCAUCCUUUUGACAUUCCUGAUGACGCCAAGUUUCACAGUACAGUGACCACCGGGAGUUCCUCCAUUAAAGGCGAGGGGUUGAAAGUCAACAUCUGGACUGGAUCACUGACAAAUAUGAAAGGUUCAUACUCCAUGUCUGUAACCACGGGAUGUUUGCCAGUAUCCACUUUCUAUUUCACUGAAACCACAUCAUUCUUCUUCAGCAACAUGGAUGUCAAACUGGAAAUCAAGGAUCCUGACCUCCUUGUGGUGCCCUCUAUUUGUCUCGAAAAGCCUGUGGAAGACACCCCCGAGGGAACAGUAAACAGCUUCCUCAACGAGUUCAUGUAGAUGAAACCUGCUAGUGAAAAAUGAAACUCACAUCAAAUCAUGACUUCCCAGAAUUAUUUUUGCUUUUCUUUAGUUUUUAUGCUUAGCUCCAGUUUUUCUUUUGAUGCUCCACUUCAUCCCACCUUUUUUUUUAAUCACGUCUCUCUCCCCUGAGAAAAAAAAAACCCUGUGCUGAAUUGAUAUUGGAUUUUGAUGCAAGGUGAAAAUCUAUGGUAAGGAUUGCGUAAUUAGAAAAGAAAACUAACAAAUGAUGGCUGUUCAAAUUUGUACCACCACUGACAAAACAUGUAAAAUAUGAUUCAUAAAAAUGUCGAAGCUGCCAAAA